AUGACAUCUCUUCAUCGACGAUCACAACAGUUGGCGAUACUGCUGAGUUCGUUACACCAAAUCAUGAAAAAAGAUUUUCAUUUACAUCUAUAUAAACUCAAACUUACUCACAAGCUCAAAGCUGGUGAUUAUGGAAAACGCGGACAGUUCGUUGAGUGGUUUCACAAUAUGCAAGUUGAUGAUGUUGAUUUUGCCAGCAAGAUCAUUUUUAGUGAUGAAGCUCAUUUUCAUACGAAUGGAUUUGUAAACAAGCAAAACUGCAGACUUUGGGGGACAGAAAACCCACAACAAAUUAAACAAUGUCAAAUGCAUCCUGAACGAGUAACUGUAUGGUGUGGCUUUUUAAGUCGAGGUGUUAUUGGCCCAUAUUUUUUUCAAAAUAAAUAUGAAAACACAAUAACGGUAACCGGAAAACGUUAA